CUCAUACCCAACAAAUUUCUUCCAGCACAUCCAACCACAAUUUCGCCCAUUUUACAUGCUAUUCCAGUGUAAAUUAUAUAUUUGGCCCUGAUAAAAUAAUAUCUCAAUCAUGUGUUAAAAUUAGACUAGAUUCUUGAAAAAUUUUUAUGAUGUCGUUAAUUCAUGCUUAUUCUCUCAGACCAAGUUUUCCUCAUAUUCUUCUGUAGUUAAGGGUAAAAAUAGCCCUCAAAAGGCUAGAACCAAGCCUAUACAAGUUUUCAGAUAAUGGACGGAAAUGAGUAUAUUGAGGCUGAAUUUAGGGUAAAAGAUGAAAGGUUUGAUGCUUCUGAAAUUGAAUGUAAAUUAGCUAAAUUUAAUGAGGUUGCUCUUGAACAUGAUUCUUCCAUAAAUAAUUCAAAUGAUGGUUUAUUCUCAUCUUGUAAUAUAGAAAACUGUAAAUUAUCUUCAUCACGCAACACUUUGGAUUUCGAAUCCGAUGUUUUUAAUUUAAGUAUAAAAUGUAGUAAGAUUGUAAAGAUUUGUAAUUUAUGUAUUUUAGCACUUUAUGGCAAUUUUUCACCUGGUAAUCAAACGCAAAAACUAUGUAUCAACAGUGUUUAUGAUGUUUUAAACUUCUUAUCACAGUUCACAGGUUCUUUUUCUCUGAUUUAUAUCUCACUUCACACUGGACGCAUUUAUAUCUUGAAGGAUGAUUAUGGUUUUAAAUCACUUCUUGUUUCUUUUAACACUGAAAACAAGACCGUAGUUAUAAGUGAUAAAGCCUUAAAUACAAAUGGAAAGUGUUAUGAGUUACCUCCGUUCAUAACACUACUUUUUGGUAAAAAUUUGAGUAUGUAUUUAAGGCCUAAGAGUAAUAUACACAAGUUGACAGGGAAGGAAUUUCCACAGACUUUAAUAACAGAUGACUUAGUGAACCACGUAAUAAAUAACAUACACAAUGAAUUGAUUAGUAGUAUAAAAGAAAUUUGUAAUGUAUCAGGCCCAAAAGAGUGUGUUAGUAUAUUAUUUUCAGGCGGUUUAGAUUCCACCCUAAUCUCAGUAAUUACUCUAUCACAGACAAAAUUUUCAUAUUACCAACUUAUCAAUGUUUGUUUUAAAGACUCAGCUGAUGUUUCUGAGUUUGGAGUAGCACCGGAUAGGAUAACUUCUUUACUGAGUUAUGAAGAGUUGGUUAACUUGUUCCCCAAUUUGGAUAUUAGACUUGUGUUAAUUGACGUUUCAAGUGAAGAUUACUCCAGAGAUGAGCCUGAGAUAUUUGCUCUGACUUACCCAAAUAACACUCACAUGGACCUCAACAUUGGAGCCUCACUGUACUACGCAGGCACUCUCAAGGGCAAACUCCUAUCAAAAGAGUUUUUCAAAUCAAAAGAUUGGAGUCAAAUGAAGUCAAACAUUUCAAUUUUAAAGUCAAUUAACUUCAAAGUUACCAUUUCCAAGAAGAAUAGUGUUAAAAGUGGUGUAUUUAUGGAGUUAGAUGAAUCGCAGGCUGAAUCUGAUUCAAACAUUAAUUUAUCUGAAUUUCUAUCUGAAUUAAACAAAUACUGCACUGAUUAUACAUCUGUUACAAGUCAUGUCUUAAUGGGAACUGGUGCUGACGAGUUGUUUGGGGGCUAUGGCAGGCAUGUUUCAGCUAAAAUUUAUGACCAAUAUUCUCUUUCCAACAUUGAUCAUAGUUUUACACAGGAAAUAUACAAAGACAUUGUUAGAUUAUGGAAACGGAAUUUUGGACGAGAUGAUCGAGUAUUGAAUUUUAGGAAUUUGAAUGCACUGUACCCGUUUUUAGCAAAUAACAUCGUAAACUCUAUGUUAACUUUACCCUUUAAUCCUGCAGUAAUUGUUGACUUUCUGGAUCCUCCAAACUGGUUUAAAAGUCUUAACAUUUACAGAGGAAUUGAUGCAAACCUUUUAUUAAAUUCUGAGUUUUUAUCUAAUUCUAGUGGUAAAUCCGUGUCAAUCUUCAUUAACAAGUGGAUCUUGAGGGAAAUCGCCUAUAUGAACGGCCUUAGAAUGUGCUGUAACUUUAAGAAGAGAGCUAUACAAUUUGGUACCAAAAGUGCUAAAAUAUUCAACAGAUUACAUAACAUGUCAAAUCGACAUGCUUCCAAUAAAGGAUCCAAUAUACUUCACUUAUACAUAUCUUCGUAG